AUGGUAGAGUUGGCCGUGGGAGAAAUCCCGUCCGAGAACAGUCUUCGUGUGUAUGACGGCGAAGACGACACGAGAGGCCGAUUCUCUUUCGCCGUUAUUCUGUUGCACUCUAGUAACAACCUCAGAUUCUGCACCGGAAGUCUCUUGGACAUGAACUGGGUCCUCACGUCGGGCCACUGCGUAGAAAACCGGACACCUCUCGACAUGACAAUCAAAUAUGGAGACUUCACUAUAUAUGAAACGAAUAAAAUUGCAAGAGUAUACCAAAUAUUCAUCCAGCCGAGCUUCUCUCACGUUCACGGCAUCAAUGACAUCGCACUGGUGUUCAUCGAGAAAAUUAAUGGAAAAACGUACGGGAAACUCCUGGCGCUUGACUAUAAAACGUUGUUCGGGCUGCCCGUCAGGUACGCCGGUUUCGGAAGAAUAUCCAAGGAUCUCAGGCCCUCGAGCCGCCUUGAGAUUAUGGAAGAGCAGCUGCAUCCGCUGCAAGUCGGUAGAGGUGUAGUGAUCCCUUGCGAGUCUUACGAGUCGUUUAAAUAUAGUACGCUGUGUAUAGCACCGAGAUGUAAAAAGGACCAGCAGCAGGCUCGUUCGGGAGACGCCGGCGGCCCGCUCAUGUACAGAGGAUGGAUCGUCGGGGUCCAGAGGAAUAUCAUUACCAAAUACGACCUUGCCAUAACGCAGUAUAUACCCGUUUCUUUAUACUUAGUUUGGAUUCGGAAUAUAAUGCAAUCUGUUGGCAACUAUACGGGAAAAAAUUAAUGAUCAAUUU